GUCUGAUAAUAGCGACUUAUUUGCCAUAACAGCAUUUGUGUGAGAACAGUAUAAGCUAGGAUCUCCGCCUCUUGUUUUUCAUUGGCUGGCGGCACUCUUUGUCUAAUUACAUUUGGUCUAUUUUCUCCGGCACCGGCUCGUCAACCAGCUGAAUCAUUUUGUACGUMUAGUGAAAACAGGUUCAUUUGAGACUGACUUCCAACACGAACAGAUCGCGUCUCUCUWCAUCUCUGUUCGUGAAAUACUCGAUAUUUACAUCAAAAUGGCAACAGCCGCUCUAGUGAAGCCCGAGAUCUUUCAAUUUCCACACGGGUUCUCGAAGUCUUCGCCAUUAGCUCUUCUAGCAGCAACUUGUAGUAAAAUUGGACAACCAAACAGCGCUGUUAUGGACUUAGCAGACUAUCAUAGUAAACUUUACAACUCCAUGCUCCAGGACCAACACGCAAUGAGCUUACAGAAUCAACUAGCUACCUUCCAGGAAAGAAGUCCGCUYCCUUUGACUCCCCCAGCYGAACCACACUUUGCUCCUUCGUACACUGAAUUCUGUUAUAACGCAGUGCAAAAGCCUCAUCUACAAGGAAUACCGUUUCAUCACGGCCCGCCGUCACACGCAGGCAGCUCGAUUUGUAUGUCAGCCCACGGUCAUGGUUGUCCAGUAUCAGUGGCAAGGCCAACGUACUCACAGUGCACUGCGUCUUUCAAACCUGAACGAGCCGAGYCUCCUCAACACUGGUGGAGUGUCGAACCAAACAAAGUUCCUCGUUCACCGAUUGCACCAGGAAUGCCWGGGUCUCCAACGGGACACAGCUUUGCGUUUCACAGUCUGCAAGGCCCUGGUAGUACAGGCUCGUAUCACAGUGCCUUUACAUCAACUUUUGCGGCAGGAUCGCAAGUCGCGGGAACACGGAGAUGUAGACGUUGCCGUUGUCCAAACUGCCAACUUGCUGCGACCACGGGAAAUACAACCAAGCGAAAACAACAUAUCUGUCAUAUACCAGGAUGUGGUAAAGUUUAUGGAAAAACUUCGCAUUUAAAGGCUCAUUUGAGAUGGCAUACUGGAGAGAGACCGUUUGUAUGUAAUUGGUUGUUCUGCGGAAAAAGUUUUACCCGAUCUGACGAACUUCAGAGACAUCUACGAACCCACACAGGAGAAAAACGAUUUCAGUGCGACGAGUGUGGAAAACGAUUCAUGAGAAGUGACCACCUCAGAAAACAUCAAAAAACACACCAGAAUAUGGUCAAGAAAACGGACAAACCUYAAAGCAGUGUAGAACAUUAUUCUAAACCAUUGACUGUGAAUGUAUCGGAAGCGAAUAAAGUUAAUCAGCUAAACAGUGUGAUGGCUUUAACACCAAAGGAAGAAGAAAAUGACAAAAUGGGAACGCAAGUGGAUUGUUUUAUCAACGUAGAACACUAGGACAGAACUAUCUUCUCAAGUGAAAUUUCACUGGGAUAAAUAUCAAUGCAAUACCAAACGAAAUUCAUUGUAAAUAUACACAGCGUGUGAAUAGACUACUGGGAUCUAUGUAGAGUAAUAUAUGUAUAAAAUACAAAAAAGGUUUACGAAUUAAUUUAGAAAUUUAGUGUGCUGUGCAUACUGCGAGUAUAGGUACAACUUUAUAUUUCAAAAAUUCUUUAAUUCAACUAUACACUCCCAGUGUAAAGAAUCAUGAAUAAUGUUUUUUCAGAAUAAACAUUUGUUUCUUAGUAA